CUCACUCCUCAGAACUCCUUUCUGGGUUUUCUCUCCCACCGCUCCUAGGGUAAUCAGCCCCGACAGCAAAGAUGGCGGCUCCGCGGCGUUGAGUCUUCUCCGUAAUGGGUUACCAAAUUGUGUGCAUUUGCUGAGUUUUCUGCUGAACGAGGAUACCAAGUCCACUCCGAGAGACGCUUCUAGUUAAGAAAAUGUUGUGAGACUGCUCGGAAAGUCUUUUCCAAAGGGAGUUAGCGACCACAGCCCGAUAGUUUUCCGUUGUAGCCCUGGGUGUGCAUCGACGCAGCUAACUAAUCGUUAGCGUCAUUGUAAAAUGGCUCCGGUGCAGAUUGGGUCAGAUGGACAGCUCGUCCCACUUGGAGGUCCGGUGGUUUCGGGACCACAGCCGCCGCCACCUGGGGCACCGGCCACACAGGGGGUCCGGUUGAGCUUGCUUAUUGAGUUCCUUCUCCAGAGGACCUACCAUGAAAUCACCCUGCUGGCGGAACUGCUUCCCAGAAAAACCGACAUGGAGAGAAAAAUUGAGAUCGUCCAGUUCGCCAGUCGCACCAGGCAGCUGUUUGUGCGUCUCCUCGCCCUGGUCAAGUGGGCAAGCAACGCAGGGAAAGUUGAGAAGUGUGCGAUGAUCUCCAGCUUCUUGGAUCAGCAGACCAUCCUGUUUGUGGACACGGCUGAUAGGCUGGCAUCGCUGGCCAGAGAUGCCCUGGUGCAUGCUCGUUUGCCCAGCUUUGCCAUCCCCUUUGCCAUCGAUGUGCUCACCACGGGGUCAUACCCACGCUUGCCCACCUGCAUAAGAGAUAAGAUAAUUCCUCCAGACCCCAUUACAAAGGUCGAGAAGCUGACCACCCUGAACCAGCUGAAUCAGAUUCUGCGACACCGCCUCGUCACCACAGACUUGCCACCCCAACUAGCGAAUCUCACAGUUGCUAAUGGGCGUGUAAAGUUUCGUGUGGAAGGAGAGUUUGAAGCCACCUUGACCGUGAUGGGAGAUGACCCUGACAUUCCCUGGAGACUUCUGAAGUUGGAGAUUCUGGUGGAAGACAAAGAAACUGGAGAUGGGCGAGCCUUGGUCCACAGUUUGCAGGUGAACUUCAUCCACGAAUUGGUCCAGGCACGUCUUUGUGCAGAUGAAAAGCCCCUACAGGACAUGUACAACUGCUUGCACUCCUUCUGUCUGUCCCUGCAGCUAGAGGUGCUACACUCUCAGACACUGAUGCUGAUCAGAGAGCGCUGGGGAGACCUGGUGCAAGAAGAGAGAUAUGUGCCUGCAAAAUACCUCACACUCACUGUCUGGAACCAACAAGUUCUGGGUAGGAAAACGGGUACAGCGUCAGUACAUAAAGUCACUAUCAAGAUUGAUGAAUCAGACGGAUCUAAGCCAUUACAAAUAUCCCAUGAGCCUCCUCUCCCUGCCUGCGACUCUAAAUUGAUGGAGAGAGCUAUGAAGAUUGAUCACCUAUCAGUGGAGAAACUUUUGAUUGACAGCGUGCACGCCCGAUCCCAUCAGAAGCUGCAGGAGCUGAAGGCCAUUCUAAAGACCAGCAAUCCCAGUGACAACUCAUUCAUCGAGACUGCUUUACCCACACUGGUUAUUCCAAUCCUUGAGCCCUGUGGUCGUUCGGAGUGCCUACACAUUUUUGUAGAUCUGCACUCUGGCAUGUUCCAACCCAUGCUGUAUGGACUAGAUCAGUCCAUGCUGGAUGACAUUGAAAAGACCAUCAACGAUGAUAUGAAGCGCAUCAUAACUUGGCUUCAACAACUGAAGUUCUGGUUGGGAGAGCAGCGCUGUCGACAGUCUGUGAAACACCUUCCCACUGUGUGUACUGAUGUCCUUCACCUCUCCAACUCGGCUUCUCACCCCAUUGGCAGCUUGUCCAAACACAAACUCUUCAUCAAGCUGACACGUCUUCCACAGUACUACAUUGUGGUGGAAAUGCUUGAAGUGCCAAGCAGUCCCACAGCAUUGCAGUAUAAGUACUCCUUCCUGUCAGUGUCUCAGUUGGAGGGAGAGGACGGGCCCAUGUGUGCUCAGCUUCUGCAGCAUUUCAAGCCCAACCUCGAACACCUUGUCCAAGAUCCUACAACAGGGAGAGGGGUCCGACCUGGGACUAAGAGAAAGAGUCCAGGAGAACAGGUGGACCCAGAGCCAAAGAAGCCUAAACGGUCUGGAGAAAUUUGUGCCUUUAACAAAGAACUGGCUCACCUUGUAGCGAUGUGUGAUACCAACAUGCCUUUUAUUGGCCUCAGAACAGAGCUGUCCAACAUGGAGAUUGCUAAUCAGGGAGUCCAAGUGGAGGGAGACGGCAGCAGUCAUGCAAUACGUCUGCUUAAGAUUCCUGCCUGUAAAGGUGUAGGAGAGGAAACCAGGAGAGCCUUAGAUCGUUCUCUACUGGACUGCACCUUCCGGCUUCAAGGCAGGAAUAAUAGGACCUGGGUGGCUGAGCUGGUGCUGGCCAACUGCCCUCUUAACAGCACACACAGCAAAGAGCAAGCCACUACGCGGCACGUGUACCUGACCUAUGAAAACCCUCUGUCGGAGCCGGUGGGCGGACGGAAGGUUGUUGAGAUGUUCCUCAAUGACUGGAAUGCCAUCAGUCAGCUCUACCAGUGUGUUCUCAACUUCUCUCGUGCACUGCCAGAGAUGCCGUCUUACCUGAGCCUGUUCUCAGAGGUGCGGCUGUAUAACUACCGUAAGCUGGUGCUGUGUUACGGCACCACCAAGGGCAGCUCCGUCACCAUCCAGUGGAACUCCAACAGCCACCGUUUCCACCUCGCGCUGGGCACCGUGGGGCCGAACUCCGGCUGCUCCAACUGCCAUAAUAUCAUCCUCCAUCAGCUGCAGGAGAUGUUCAACAAGAGCCCAAAUGUGAUGCAGUUGCUGCAGGUGCUUUCCGACACACAGGCUCCGCUGAAUGCUAUUAACAAGCUACCGACAGUGCCCAUGCUGGGCCUCACCCAGCGCACCAACACUGCCUACCAGUGCUUCUCCAUCCUGCCCCAGUCACCCACACACAUCCGACUAGCGUUCCGAAACAUGUACUGCAUCGACAUUUACUGCCGCAGCCGCGGAGUGGUGGCCAUCAGAGACGGAGCCUACAGUCUCUUUGACAACACUAAGAUUGUGGAGGGCUUUUACCCCGCUCCAGGACUCAAGACAUUCCUCAACAUGUUUGUGGACAGCAAUCAGGAUGCUCGCAGACGUUCGGUAAACGAAGACGACAACCCGCCGUCGCCCUCGCCGGUGGGUGUAGACGUGAUGGAGAGUCUAAUAACUCAGCUGCAAACGCCACAGCCACCGCAGACUAUGAGAGGGGGAGCGGGAGGCGUUUAUCCUCCUCUCACUUCACCGCCACCAAAUUACCACGCUAAUGUCGCUCCCUCACCCUCCAUGAUGCCCACCCAGUCACCAGGGAACAUCCAUGCCUCUGGCUCCCCUAGUGGAGCUCUGAGGGCACCCUCUCCUUUUGGGCCCACCCCAUCUCCGUCUUCUCUGGGCAUAGCCAUGGGUCAGACCAGCUUUGCCAGUCCCCACGGUGCUUUGGACCCUAGCUCUCCUUAUGCAAUGGUGUCUCCCAACAACCGGGGCCAGUGGCCGGGUUCUCCUCAAGUCUCAGGACCUUCUCCUGGGGCGAGGAUCCCCGGCAUGUCCCCUGGUAACCCUUCACUGCACUCGCCUAUUCCUGACCCUCAUUCUCCACGUGCUGGGACCAGUUCACAAGUCAUGCCUACCAGUAUGCCUCCACCCCGCAAGCUACCUCAGCGCCCCUGGGCCGCCUCCAUUCCGACCAUCCUCACCCACAAUGCUUUGCAUGUGCUUCUGCUCCCCUCACCCACUCCCUGCUUGGUGCCAGGCCUGGCGGGAAGCUACCUCUGCUCGCCGCUGGAGCGCUUUCUGGGUUCAGUUAUCAUGAGAAGGCACCUCCAGAGGAUCAUCCAGCAGGAGCCCAAUUUAUCCAUUUUGAACUCCAACGAGCCGGGCGUGAUCAUGUUCAAGACGGAUGUGCUCAAGUGCCGGGUGGCUCUGAACCCAAAGAACUACCAAACACUGCAGCUCAAAGUCACUCCAGAAAACGCAGGUCCCUGGUCCCAGGAGGAGCUUCAGGUGCUGGAGAGGUUCUUUGAGACUCGCGUCGCUGGUCCUCCCUUUAAAUACAACACUCUGAAUGCCUUCACAAAGCUGCUGGGGGCACCCACUCACAUCCUGAGGGACUGUGUGCGCAUCAUGAAGCUGGAACUGUUCCCUGACCAAGCUGGGCAGUUGAAGUGGAACGUCCAGUUCUGUCUCACCAUCCCUCCCAGCGCUCCGCCCAUCGCUCCUCCUGGAACCAUCGCUGUGGUGCUCAAGUCCAAGAUGCUUUUCUUUCUGCAGCUGACUCAGCGUAUCCCGGUGCCCCAGGAGCCGGUGAGCAUCAUUGUGCCCAUCGUGUACGACAUGGCCACGGGCCUCACCCAGCAGGCCGACAUCCCCAGACAGCACAGCUCCUCCGGUGCUGCAGCACUCAUGGUUUCUAACAUCCUGAAACGGUUCAACGAGCUACACCCGGCCAGACAGGGUGAGUGCACCAUAUUUUCAUCUGUUCAUGAGCUGAUGGCCAGCCUCACGCUGCCUCCUGGAACCCGUCAGUGAAAAUCCAGAUCCAGUCAUGAAGCUGGAAUCCCUUUAAAACAGAGGAAGGACGGACGGACAGCUGUGGUCCUCGCAUGUGUCCUCUAUGUUUAAUUCACUGGAUGCAUAAUUAUUGAUCUGAAAGGGAGUGAAAUGUGUACAGUCAUGGACCACAUCUUUAUUCUUGAUAGCAGCAGACAAAGCAGAUCUGAACAAGGACAGCGUUGGAUGAAAAAGGAUAUAAAUGUUAUUUUUUUCCCACCGGGUGGAAACAAGAUUAUCUAUUGAAAUUAAGGUUGUUUACUAAAAUAUGUACAUUGUUGUAUAUUUGAGUGUUGAAGAGAAUCAGGUGAGUUAGAGUUUUGCUAGAGCCUUCAUGUCUUCUGUUUUGUUUCUUUUUUUUUUUUAAAGCCAGACUGAUCUUGUAGUAUCAGGAGAUAUAUUCCUUAGCGCACUAUUUAACUGUCUUCUCGCCUUUACUUUGUCGAUACCUCUGCAUUUUUUGUUUCAAACUUUCACUUUGGAUACUGUAAAACUGUGAUGAACUUUAUAAGCCAGUCGUAUUUUAUUAAGACCCAUUUUGAAUCCUGAUUGGAGACCUCUUGUCUGACUUUGCUAUUUAAUAAACCCACGGUUGGUUUCUGCUUUGAGAAUCUUC